AUGACACUUAUCCCGUGGUUGUGUCUCCAGGAGAACUGUCUGAACUCUGAGGUGGUGGAGCAGAUCUACAAGAGGAACCCCAUCCUCCGUCACAGCCACCACCCGCUCCACUCGCCCCUGCUGCCCCUCCCCUACGGGGACAUCCACCUCAGCUCCCUGAGGACCAAGGGCCCCACCACUCUGCAGGACGAGGCGCUGAAGGUGUUCGCCUCGCUGCAGCACCUGGAGGGCGUGGCGGACCCCCUGCCCGUCAUCCAGGGGGUCCUGCGGACGGGCCAGGAGCUGCGGCCCCUGAGGGACGAGCUGUACUGCCAGCUGGUGAAGCAGACGGCGCUGCCCCCCCACCCCGGGGGCCCCGGGAACCUGUGCAGCUGGAGGAUCCUGGCCUGCAUGGCCUGCACCUUCCUGCCCAGCCGCGGCGUGCUCCGCUACCUCAAGUUCCACCUCAAGAGGACGAAAGAGCUGUCCCCCAACUCGGAGAUGGAGCGCUACGCCUCGUUCGCCCUGGACUCCCUGAAGAAGACCCGCACCCGGGAGCACGUCCCGGCGCAGGAGGAGAUCCGGGCCAUCGUGGCCCGCCAGGAGAUGACCACCAUGGUGCACUGCCACGGCGGGGGGUCCUGCAAGAUCACCAUCAACUCCCACACCACCGCCGGCGAGGUGGUGAAGAAGCUGACCUGGGGCCUGGCGAUGGAGGGCAGCAGGAACAUGUUCGCUCUGUUCGAGCACAACGACAGCGUGGACAAGGCCAUCGAGGGACGUGCCGUGGUGGCCGACGUGCUCGCCAAGUUUGAGAAGCUGUCAGCUUGCCAGGACCCCCAGGCCACCGGCUGGAGGUUCUACUUCAAGCUGUACUGCUUCCUGGACACCGACGGCGUUCCCAGGGACAGCGUGGAGUUCGCCUUCAUGUUUGAGCAGGCCCAUGAGGCUGUGAUCCGCGGCCGCUACCCGGCCCCUGAGGAGACGCUCCAGUUCCUGGCGGCCCUGCGGCUGCAGUACCUCCUGGGGGACCACGGCUCCCCGGCCCCCCUCCCCGACAUGGCCCAGGUGUUCCCCGUGGCGCGGCUCCGCGCCCGCGUGCAGAACUCGGCCAAGACCUUCGCCCCGGGCGCCGGCUCGGUGUCGGAGCGCUCCUCCUCCGGGAGCGGCGAGAGGAAGCGCUCCAGCUUCCUGGAGGGAACGCUGAGGAGGAGCUUCCGGAGCGGCUCGCUGAGCCGGCAGAAGCUGCUGGAGGAGGAGAACUCGCUGGAGGCGUGGCUGCGCGAGGAGACGGCGGCGGUGCACGCCAGCGUGCUGGACAAGUGGCGGCGGCUGGUGGGGAUGAACCAGGAGCAGGCCAUGGGGAAGUACAUGGCGCUGGUGAAGGAGUGGGCGGGCUACGGCUCCACGCUCUUCAACGUCGAGAGCACUGACGAGGCGUUCCCCAGUGAGCUGUGGCUGGGCGUCAGCCGGCAGGCCGUGUCGCUCUACAAGCGCGGGGAGCCCUGGCCCCUGGAGGUGUUCCCCUACGAGCAGAUCCUCUCCUUCGGGGCCCCGCUGCCCAACGCCUACAAGAUCGCCGUGGAGGGCCGCGAGCUGCUCUUCGAGACCCCUCUGGUGAUGGACAUCGCUAAACUGAUGAAGGCCUACAUCAGCAUGAUGGUGAUGAAACGCCACAGCAACCCCCAGUCGCUCAGCAGCCACGGCAGCCAGAGCAGCGCCUGGUGACCCCCUGGUGACCCCCAGGACCUCUGAACUUUGACCUCUGACCCGGAAGCUGUGUGGGUACAGUCUGACGGGCCAGGACCCAGAGAGGGGGAGGAGCCUGGCGUCAUGGAGACAAAAAACCACCACAUCCCCACCAGGAACCAAACUCGUGUACAUAUGUCAUUGUUAAACACAGUUGGGGUCAGGGUUAGGCUCUGACCCUGAGGUUAGACUCUGACCCUGAGGUUAGACUCUGACCCUGAGGUUGGACUCUGACCCUGAGGUUGGACUCUGACCCUGAGGUUAGGCUCUGACCCUGAGGUUAGGCUCUGACCCUGAGGUUAGGCUCUGAACCUGAGGUUAGGCUCUGACCCUGAGGUUAGACUCUGACCCUGACCCUAGACUCUGACCCUGAGGUUAGGCUCUGACCCUGAGGUUAGGCUCUGACCCUGAGGUUAGACUCUGAUCCUGAGGUUAGACUCUGACCCUGAGGUUAGACUCUGACCCUGACCCUAGACUCUGACCCUGACCCUAGACUCUGACCCUGAGGUUAGACUCUGACCCUGACCCGGAUUUACAGAGGUCUUUAUUUUCAAAGAAUCACAGUUGUUGUUAAGGGUUGGGGUUACGGUUAGCCUGAACUUCACCCUUAUCCUCACCUUGAAGGAAAAUAUUGUGUCAGGAAAGGAGCGAACUUGACUUUGUGUUGUUGGUGGAGUGGGGACUUUGAUUCUGUGGGAAAAUCUUUUUGUUUCAAGUUAAACUGCUAAUUUUGUUUUCUAUAUGCUAGGUGCUGUCACACUUCACGGGCUGUUACUAUACCGUGUGUGUUUGUUUGUCUCGUGUUGUCUGCCUGAAUGGAAUGAGGGUCAUUAGGUGUGUGUGUGUGUGUGUGUGUGUGUGUGUGUGUGUGUGUGUGUGUGUGUGUGUGUGUGUGUGUGUGUGUGUGUGUGUGUGUGUGUGUGUGUGUUUAUUUUUGUGUGUGGGUGGGUCAGAGAAUUUGUAAAAAGAGAAAAAGAAAGUACUUACAAAGCAGGAUUUGAGUGUGGGCCUUGUGUCGAGCUAUAUCCAGGUCUGUUUGUAAAUGUACAUCCUUAUGCAGCCGCCUUGAACAUUUCAAACCAUGCUGGGAUCUCACAGGACCCUGCCAUGCCAGCCUCGAGGACUCUCAAUCAGGACCAAGCUCGCUGUCAAUCCAGGUAUCCCUCUCGUUGUUCUCGAGACGCUGCCGUCUCUCCUGUCCUACCGAUGUUCCUUAAUGCGUUCACAAGGACCUACGUCGAGUCCUACAUCCACACUGGCGUCUGGACGGCAUUUUGUGAAUCCUAAUCAGUUCAUAGAGAGAGUUUGUAUCACAGAAGGGAUACGAAUCAUCCAUACUCUACUGCAUCGGUUUAAGGAUAACCAGUCGGUCUGAUUUAAACCAUACUCUUUAUUCUAUAGUGUACUCUCUGCUACAAAACGUUUUUCGGACUCGUGGUUUGUUUCUGAUUGGUCGCAGGUUUAUUCAUGUCUGAACUACAUUUCUUCAGGAGCAGAACUACAUUUCCCAGGAGCACCGCGGGCGGUUGGUCCCUCCAAAGCUCUUUGCCGUCUGUGCCUUAUUGUAUAUUGUGU